AGUUGUGAGGUCAGAGUGCCUUCUCCUGUUCCUCGCCAGUACACGGAAGGUGUCGAUACAGGAGCGGCAUUGUGGUGCGAGCGGUAAUUCCCGCUCUCCGCAGCAGGCGGCUGUCUGAGCGUAAAUUUGAAGGUGCCGAAGCAGCAAUGCGAGUGGGCAGCUUCCCCGUUUACCAGCAGUUCGUUCAGGGAAGUGGAUCUGCUGUGGAGCUCUGCUGUCAGCCGCGCAGGCGAAACGCACCCGCUUCCUAUCGAUUAAUGAAGACAUCCAAUAUCAGUGGAAAAAGGAAACAAGCAUGAGAAGGAAUGAUGGAAACAGAUAAGGUGGAAUUCACAGUCUAUUAGAUGAUUCGGUUAAUUUCAGACUCAUUUGCUGCUUUUGGGUAAUAAACAAAGCUGUGGUAUUGAACUUGGCCUGACAGUGAAAUGUGCUGCUGAUGCUACAUUCUUCAUAAUGAGAAUGCAAACAGGGAUACCUGUUUCAGCCGAACUUCCGUCUUCUCUCACAAAGGACUGCUGAGAGUGCAAAACGUGCCUAUGUACUGGGAAAGAAAGAUCUGUAAAGAAGAUUCCUUAACUAUGAAUUUAAAAGAAGCCAUUGUUUGAGUCUUAUGUUCUGCAACCCACAGCUACUUUGCCAUGAUGAGUAACACAUCUUCAAACUUGAGUUCAUCGUUGCCAACACCCACAACCUCAACAAAAUCACCUGCUAAUUCUAAUGAUCCAUACAUUGCUGUAUAUGUAAUCGUGCCACUUCUGGUGGUGAUUUCAAUCGCAACUAUUCUUUAUUUGCGAUUAAUAAGAAAAAGAAAAGACGUCAUCAUUGGAGGCGAGAAGAAGAUUCCAAAUGGUAUUUUAGAAGAACAAGCAGAGCAACAGACAGUGAUGCUACUUAACCGAUCGCCCGCAAUAUUUAAGAGGUACCCACCUAUUCCACUAGAAGCCUUGGAACAUGAAGUCCAGAAACGCUCAGCUGAUGAGUGCAAACUUUUUCGGGAGGAAUUCAAUAAUCUGCCAGUUGGAACACCACCAGCAUGUUGCGAAACAGCAAAUAACGAAGAGAACAAGGACAAAAACCGAUACCCCAACAUCCUGCCAGAUGACAAUUUCAGAGUGACUUUGACAGCUAUAGAUGGAGUGCCUGGUUCAGAUUACAUUAACGCCUCAUACAUUGAUGGUUAUAAAGUGAAGAAUAAAUUCAUAGCAGCUCAAGGUCCCAAAGAAGAGACUGUAGCUGAUUACUGGCGAAUGAUAUGGGAACAGAAAUCUGCCACCAUUGUUAUGUUAACAAAUGUAAAAGAGAAAAAGGAGGAAAAGUGUUAUAAGUACUGGCCUGAUCAGGGAUUAUGGACAUAUGGGGCAAUACGGGUCUCAGUGGAAGAUGUCACAGUGCUUGUGGAUUAUACCAUACGGAAGUUCACCGUACAGAAUCAGACGACUGGUAACAAAGCUCCGAGACUAGUGACACAGCUUCACUUCACCAGCUGGCCUGACUUUGGUGUGCCAUUUGCACCCAUUGGAAUGCUCAAAUUUCUGAAGAAGGUUAAGGCAUUGAAUCCUUCCUAUUCGGGACCUAUUGUGGUCCACUGCAGUGCGGGGGUAGGCAGAACUGGAACCUUCAUUGUUAUUGAUGCUAUGAUUGAUAUGAUGGAUGCAGAGCAGAAGGUGGAUGUCUUUGGUUUUGUGGCUCGAAUUCGCAAUCAGCGGCCACAGCUAGUUCAAACUGACAUGCAGUAUUCCUUCAUUUAUCAAGCCCUUCUUGAACAUUAUUUGUACGGUGACACAGAACUGGAUGUGAGCUCUUUAGAGAAGCACAUACAGAAGCUCCGAAAUAAAACAGGGAAAUUUGACGUCACUGGUCUAGAAGAAGAAUUUAAUAAAUUAACUACGGUCCGAAUAAGAAAGGACAAUAUGAGAACAGGGAAUAAACCGGUAAAUAUGAAAAAAGCAAGAGUCCUUCAGAUCAUUCCCUAUGAUUUCAACAGAGUUGUUCUGCCCAGGAAAAGGGGACAAGAAUUCUCAGACUAUAUCAAUGCUUCGUACAUAGACGGUUAUCGACAGAAGGAUUAUUUUGUUGCAACACAAGGUCCUAUUGCUCAUACAGUGGAAGAUUUUUGGAGAAUGGUCUGGGAUUGCAAAUCUCACACAAUUGUAAUGCUGACAGAACUGAGAGAAAGAGAACAGGAAAAGUGUUGCCUGUAUUGGCCCUCUGAGGGAUCUGUAACGUAUGGAACAUACUCAAUAGAGUUGAAGAAGGACAACAUUGCUGAUGCUUUCAGUCUCAGAGAUCUCACAGUCACAAAUACCACUGAAAACAUAGAGAGGACGGUUCGACAAUUCCACUUCCACGACUGGCCUGAGAUUGGCAUUCCAGCGGAAGGCAAAGGGAUGAUCGACCUAAUUGCGGCAGUCCAGAAACAGCAGCAAAAAUCUGGCAAUCAUCCAAUCAUAGUGCACUGCAGUGCUGGUGCUGGCAGAACAGGUACAUUUAUCGCACUGAGUAACAUUCUGGAACGAGUGAAAGCUGAAGGCCUUCUAGAUGUUUUCCAAACUGUUAAGAGCUUACGAAUGCAACGACCACAUAUGGUGCAGACAUUGGAGCAAUAUGAUUUCUGCUACAAAGUGGUGCAAGAUUUCCUUGACAUACACUCCGAUUAUGCCAACUUCAAAUAAAUAUGUUUGCCUUACAGAUUUUGUUUUUUACCUUUUAAAUUGUUAGCUGACAGGCCAGUGAAACAUUUUUUGUAUGUUAAAUUAUCAGAACUUUAUUUUGUAUUUUGCUAUGCACUUGUUGUUUAGAAAAAUAUUACUAAUAAGUUGGAGGCCAUUCCUUCAUUGGCUUGUGACUGCGCUUUGGAAGCAUUUAGGUUAUAGUAACAGGGGAGUCACACUUCUAUCAGCAGUCAUGUGAUAUUACUAACUGAGUGAAUAGAAUAUAUUUACGAUCUUUUCUUAACUUCCUGAAAAAACAUUAUUUAAACACAAUAGGUCAUUAUCACACAUUAUUUUGAAUCUUGAAUGUACAUAGAAGUGAGAAACUACUGAUGAAAUAUCAUUUGCUUUGUAAAAAUUCUAUUAAUAUCUGAUGCCCCUUUAAGUGUUAAAUAAUGUGAAUUUAUAAUGUGCAUGACCGUUUGCUUUGUUUUCAAAAGGUUGGGUGUGAUACAUCUAUAAUAGAUAUAUUUUUCUAUGAAAAGUUUACAGUGUUAUAAUGUUAGCUGCAUAUUAUGAGCUUGGAUAUUGCUUUGGCAAAACUGAAGGUUUUUUUUGUAAAUAUGAUUAAUGAUACUACACUGUUGUUCAGAAGUCUCUCCUUUUUGUAUAUUUAUAUUUUAAGUCACUCCUGUUCCUCCACAUGGUACAGACAUCACCCGGGCUGAUGUGGCCCUGGGACCAACCAACCUCCCUCCAAGACAAGCCUCAACUAUGACUUCUUCACCCCUUUGCUGUUGGUUGAUUGAGCCCAAUAUUGGGCAGCCUUAACCUGGCAAACAACAUUUGGCUUCUCGGGUUUUGCCAAUCUGAUUUCAAUGAGGCUGGAACCUCAAACUCAUGGAUAUGUCUUGUGGACCAGCAGCCAAUCAGCACAUUUCACCAAUCUACCAACCAAAUCUUUACAUCAGUUCCCUGAUUACUAUGUACCAGUUUCUUGCCUCAGUUACAGGCAGACUUUUGGAAGGGUUUUAAAUAACUCUGAAGUUUUAUAUGCUUGUUAAAAUGGCAUUGCCACAGCUUUGAUAAUAUUUGUAUAGGUGGUUGCCUUUUUAUCCAAAGUUCUAUGUUUUCACUUGUUGGAAUGAUUGUUUCCGAGUAGGAAUUGUGGAAAAAUGGAGUAGGUUGAUGAGCAUCUCCAAGUGGAAAAAGUGACUCCUGAUUGAUACUUCUUCAGACAAAGUAACCUUAAUAAACACCCGUGAUCAAUGUUCGUGAGAGAUAAUUCAAACUUUAGGUAGCCAAUGUAAAAGUGUAAUUGCCCAUUAUUUUUGAACAUGAACCAAGUACCAUAAUAUUAACAGUGAAGCAUUUCCUUUACCUCCAGUGCAAAUAUAGUUCGCAAAUAAGUGAAUAUAAAAUUGAAAUCUAAUGCUGAUAAAGCCAAAGCUAUAUUUAGUAUUCUGAUAUUUGCUUGACUUUCAGAAAUAUGGAGAAAAUGUGAACAGCAGAUACAAAAGAAUACUCUUUUUUAAGGAAAAUAUAUGAAGUUACUUCUCACUAUCCAGCUCAUCACCCAAUUACUUGGAAUGCAACUGGUUCUCCUCCUGUCAUGAUAGAUUGUUAUAAUAUAGAAAAUGACAGCAUGAUGUCUCUUUAAUCGAGAUCCCAAUUGCAAUACUCAGUACCGUUGCUUCUUUAAGCAAUGUGGCAAUUGUUUUCAAAAAAACUUCCUGUAUGUACUCUUCUUUAACAACAGUUUGUGGCAAAAAAAACCUCUAUAUUAUUUGUUUUCCUAAUUGUUUUAAUCUCUCUGAAUAUCUUAAGUUUUCCUUAGUUGUCAACUAUUGUAAGUGUUACUUAAAAUAAUUCAUCAUCUUGAUGCCUAUCGGGUUACUUUUUAUUCAUUUUGACUCUACCCAAAAUUUUUUAAAAUUUCUCCCACCUCUAAAACUGUGGUGACUCCAGACUGAUUUUCUAACCUUCCCAUAUCUCACUGCAAUGCGUUGAAUGGGGAAUUUCCUGCUCCGUAUUUAGGCAAGGGAGUGCUGUGUCAGUGAAACGGCAGCGAUUCCUGUUCCCACUUCCCAUUUCUGAGCUCGAAUUGAACUCUGGUGGCUUCGACAGCACAGCCAGGAACUUCCUGGAUAAACACACAUUGGAAUACUCUGACAUCAAAUUUCCCCAGUCUGAAGGCAAAGUGACAUUCCAAGCAGAUUCCUGUGCACUUCUCAGUGAAGGUCUACAACAGGGCUUGCUGAUCACCUCCAUUUCUGGUGUAUAUAUAUUACUUAAAUGUGUGCUAGUAGUCCCUUCUGACAUCUGGGCUGGCAGAAUAUCCUUCCCCACAUGCAAGCUAAGUGUUGUUUUUUUCUUCUUUUCAAGUGGAAAUUGAUCUGAGACCUCUGGGAAAGACCCAGGAGGUAGAAUAUCCCACAAGUGGAAUUUAUGUCGGUAAAUAUGCUUCUAAAGACCCACCUGAAUUCCAUUUCAGGAUAAACUGCACCUCAAAAAGUCUUUUAUAUGCCAAUCAUUACCUCUUCUUCUGUACUCUGUGCCUCUAGAUGCAAAAUAAAGAAUUGCAUUUGCCUUUUAAAUAGCCUUACCUAUAUACACUGAUGCCUUUAAUGACUGCCAAGCUCCUUCUGCCUGCAUAUUUAAUGUAAAGUCUUACCCUUUGAGUUCUAUUUCUUUUUGCUAGCCCUCCUGUACUUAACAUCUUCUACAUUUCAGUCAUCUGCUCACAAACUUAUCCAUAUAACUUCACCUAUUACUUAUAUCUUUUACACUUCUCAUCACAUAUUUGCAUAUUUUAAUACUUUUCCAUUGAUCUAUAUCAUAACAUUUAUGUGCUUUGUUAACAAUUGUUUCACUUCUGUCCUCCUAAGAAUAUUCCUUGACACAUCUUUCAUUUUGGAUAAGCUGAUUGUUCUCAAUGUUAACGUAUGUGAACAGAUUUCCUCUUGAUUGUGUGUGUGUGUGUGUGUGUGUGUGUGUGUGUGUGUGUGUGUGUGUGUGUGUGUGUAAUUAUCUUAUCAAUUCCUUUCUGAAAAAUCACAUAAACCAUAUUUACUGCAGUCACUUGUCAUCACCCUUACUUAGUUAAUACAUUCUAUAACAUUGGUCCAGUGUUGCCUACCUUUGCAAAAUUUUUGCUGAUUGUCUUGUCUUGCAUUUUCUUAUGUAUCUCUAAGUGAGAGUCUCCAAUUAUUUUAAAUUGCUAACAUGAAACCUAUCACAAAUUUAAGUUUCUGAUGGUUUGCACCUGUAAUUUUGUAUAAUUAGAGUCAGAACAUUUCCCAGUAGUGUCUAGAACUAUUAUAACAUACAUUUUGGUUGCCCAGGGACUGCAUUUAAAUAAUAAGAGAAAAUGUCUUUCAAACAAUGUGAAGGUAUAUUUUCAAUAUUUAAAUGUUAAUCUAUCAAUAAAAUACAAUGUUAAAGUAAUUUUCAGUUAAUUAAUAGACCACUAAUUUUGUUUGGGCGUAAGGUAACACAGAAUAUUCUGAUUCUUUAAUAUUUUACUGUAUUAUAGGAACGCACUUCACAGAUGUAUACAAAAUCUUUGGGACAAUAUGGUAGCGUAGUGGUUAGCUCAGGCAACUUGGGUUCAAAUCCCACAGCUGCUAGUCAGAAGUCUGUACAUUCUCCGGUAGGUUUGAAGAUUAAUUGGUCAUUGGAAAUUGUCCUGUGAUUAGACCAGCAUUAAAUUGGGGGAUUGCUGGGCAGCGUAGCUCAAAGGGCCAGUGGGGUCUACUCUGCGCUGUAUCUCAAUAAAAAAUAAAUCAAUAAAAUGAUUGAAAAUUAGUUCAAAAAUAUCAAUAGUUCAGAAGCUAUCAUUCGUAGUUAUGUUCCUUCACAAACUGCAGAGUUGACAAAAUGACUAUCAUUUUUAAGUAUCAAUAAGCAACACAUUAGUUUUGCUGUUCUGCAAAUUCCAAUUGUGACUCCAGUUGGUAAACACCAUGCUUUGCUAUUGAUUUGAUUUCCUUAGUGAUCUUAACACUGCUCAGCAUUCUCACUGGGAGGUGAUCUAUUGGUUCAGUUGCUUUCCUUCCCUUUCUUCCUUGCACCAACAUUAAGAACUCAGUAAGUUAGCAACUAAAAGGUACUAUAAGUAUUAUCAUUCCUUCAUGUGUUUAUUAUGGUGAGGUGAGACAUCAUAAAACCUAGUUACAUUUCCUGUUCGUCAAGCUGAGAAAAGCUAUAAAUAGAGGCGAUGCAGGAAUUGUUGAAAGUCUUUCCAUUUCAAGCACUUGCACCUAAAGUACAAAUCUUCUGCUCUGUUUACACUGCAAAACAGCUGGACAAUGCAGUGUAUAUCUAAACCCAGAGACUCAAAAGCCAGAUAAAUACUGUGGCUGAACUGCUGACAUCUGGCACUUCAAAAGCCAGGUUGCCAUCUGCAUGCAGCCUGUUACUAACAGGCAGAUCAAAUUUUAGGCUGUUUGCCAUGCUAGCAUGAAAUCUAUAGUUAAAUAGCCAGAGUGGAAGGGGGUUAAAUGCAAGGUGAGAGGGUCAGUGAAGGGAUAGUGUAUAGAAAUUGAUCUCAUUCUGCCAGCAACUCUCAAGAGGAUCUGGUGUAGUGAAAACUUCUUUCACACCCACCUUUUGCCUUUAUAACAUUGAAAUCCUGUGUGAAGCAAGCCAACACUCUCUCUUGCAGAAAUAUUUGGCAAUAAGCCCAAGGUCAGUACUUGUUCCAUCAAAUGUAUAAAGAUCUAAAUGCCUGUUUUAAGCAGCUUUAUGUUGAAUGAGGCAAAAUAAGUGAAGACCAGACUGAAAAUUAUAAGUGUAGAAUACAGUACAGUCUAGCUAAUGUAUUUUUAUGAAAAUAUUUAUCCAAAAAAAGUUUAACAUUGGGUACAGUAGGGUUUCAUUACCAAAUGUAUCUUUCUUUAUAUGUUUCCUUCUUUUAAAAUACUUGGAGAGAUAUAAACUUGUACAGUAUUAAAUACUCUAUAUUUAAAAAUGACAUACAAGUGCAGAGUUAAUUUGCAAUUAUAUUCCUCAUUCAGAACACAUGCAACCUUUUACACAUUGACCUUUACAUUACUAAACAAAAUGAAUUGAAAAACUGCAUUGCCAGAUUUCUUUAUAUGUAAAUAAGCACACAACUGAAAAACAAUCUAUUUUUUAAAAUGUUUUCAAGAAAAAAACAUUUCAUAUUAAUAUUAAACCAAACAACUCUUCCUGUUGCCAGCUUUAGUUUAUAUCACGUAGAUACCUUAAAUAUAUGUAUUCUGUAGUGAAUUAUCUUUUCUAACUUGGACAUUUUCAGUCUUUGAUGUUCUGUGAUCAAGAAUACCCACAGAUAGAAAUUCCUAUACUUUGUCAGUCCUUUUAAAUUAAAUGGCCACUUGCAAAAAUGCCAAGGUUACUUAUGAAUAAAUACGCCCAAGAAUAACUAAGCACAUUUUAUAAGAUCUGCUUCCAUUGUGCAGAAGUUGCCUAGGGAAGGAUGCAUGCAUUAAUUAAGCAUGAAAAUGAAUGUAAUGUUUCCAUUUUUUUUGUUAAACUGUGGGCGCUGUUACACCCAACCUUUAAGAGAAGUUGCGGACAAACAAGCAAGUAAAUCUGAAAGCACACUACCACGUGUAUACUGCCAUUUAUUACUGCUAGUGUACCCAGUGAAUGGCUUAUUUUUCUGUGCAAUACACAACUGAAUAUUUGUAGAACAUAUACAGUUAAAGUGGUUGUGGUAACAAAUACAGAUUUAAUCUGGGAUGAUAUAUUGCAUUCAUAUUACAUUUAUGAAGUGCUUAUAUAUUGUUCAUUUUAAUGCAUUUCAUGUGCUUUUUUUAUUUUACAUUAAGAUAUAAGGGACAACACUUAUAAAAGGUCAAAACUGAUUAUCCCAUCCACCUCAGUCACUAAGUGACUAAAAUUAUUUAAAAGAUACAGUUUCCCAUUGCAUCAAUUUCCAUUACGAAUUGAAUUGAGGACUGCUUUUUACUUCAUUGACAUUAAUUGUGGUCUGUGAAAUUCCGAAGUGAAAAUGCAGAUUAGAUUGUGUUCAGAGCAAUAUAAUCCAUGGUUCCAAUUAGUGAAGGGCAUUGUUUCUGAACAUGUUUACAAAUUGAUUCACACGUAAAAAGAUGGGGGUUUGUAAAAUUAAUCAGAGUUGUGUUACUAGUGCAAUUUUUUUAAUUGUAGACUAGAAACAAUGUAAGGGAGCUGAAAGUUAGGAAGCAUGGUUUGGUUAACCGUCACAAAGAGAAGAAAAUCUGCAGAUGCUGGAAAUCCAAAGCAACACACACAAAGUACUGGAGGAACCCAGCAGGCCAAGCAGCAUCUAUGGAAAAGGGUGAACAGUGACAUUUCAGGCCGAGACACUUCAUUGAUCCUGAUGAUCACCUGAAACAUCGACUGUUUACUCUUUUCCAUGGAUGACGCUUGGCCUGCUGACCUCCUCCAACAUUUUCUGUGUGUUGGUUAACCAUCAGGUCUUUACAUGGUAGGCUUAGUUUUGACACUGACAAAUAUACAAAGUUCAAUGAAUAACUCCGGAAUAACAAAAUGGAAAAAAAAAGUACAAGCAUGUUACCUGAUCAAGCACUUUACAUUUCCUAGUUAUUUUUAAACUAUCUUGCAAAAACAACUUAGUUAAAAAGGCCAAUCUCGUCAGAGUAAGUAAAAAUAAACAUGGGAGUUAGUUCCAGGAGAACAGCAACAAAUGAGAUAGUCUUUUAUGAUUGCAAGUUAUUCAGUAUAGGACAUAGGUACUCUUUUUGUGGUUUAGACAUCCAAAGCAUUUACAGCUAUUGAUCAAAAUCUGAGGUUAUUGGGUCAAUUCUGGUACUCAUCCUGGGUGGGCACGAGAAUUGAGCAAAGCAUCAAAAAUCUUCCAAACAAGUCACUGCUUUCUCAACUGAGAACAUAAUAAUUAUGUCUAGCUUGGAACAUUAGUGAGCAUGUUGUAGCAUUGGUGGUAGGACAGACAAAGCCUCUUCCCAGGCAUGUUCUGGUUUGAGAUGCCCAUUUAUAUAGGGCCAUUUUAAUCUAUCCCAAUCCAUGAACCCAGAAUUAGCUCCAACAGAGCAACACUGCACAAUAAUUUACUGCUAAAGAAUAUUACACAGUAUCAGGACUUUUUCACUCUUUUAACAGUAAGGGUCAAAAGUGUCAGUAUUUCCAUCACUUCUUUCUAAAGAAAUUCUAAAAAAAAGGAGCAAAUGAAUAAAUUUGUUUUAUUAUUUGAGAAUAAUGUAUAUGAAGUAACAAAUAUAAAUAUUUGGUCUGAUUUGUCCAAGUAAAUGAAAGGGAAGACAUUGUUAUUUAAAUUUAUAAAUUUCUUUCUUUUGGCCUUUUACAAGUCUAUAUUGUACUUUUAUUUAAAUGAGAGAAUGAGGUUUUGUACAGUUCUGUUUGAAAUUAUGCAAUUAAGUAUUUUGUCUUUCGAUCCUCCUCAUUGCACUAAUCUGCCGACUGUCGUGCUUAUUUACUGCUCAGAAUACAUGAAAGUCACUGUGCUGAUUUUGAAUAUGUGAAGUUAUCCUGAAAUUAAACAUAUGCAUAUAAAUACAGAUCAUGCAGCUUUUAUUUGCAAUAUGUGUUGUAUAUGGUUGUCAUAUUUUUGAUAGUACAACAAAUAUCAUUUAAAAAUUUGUUCCAUGUAUAUAUGAUAAACCAUUGUUCUUGGAAAUCUUCUUGUGUAUAAAGACUUUGCUAUGAUUAUCGCAAGUAUUUGAUACAUGUUAACAGGAUUAUAAGAAAUAUGAAUAAAGGAUCAAGUGUCAAUUUUAUGAUCAUAUUGCAUUAAUCCCAAUAUUAUAGCUUCCCUAAAAUGAUAUGAAUACUGUUUUAAUCAUUUCUUUUUGUUGAAAUAUGAUUAUACAGUACAAGAUAUUAAUGUAUUAUAAUAUCUAUUCAGUUGCAAUUUAAGGCUUUUUGCAAGCUAGCAUGCUCAUACCUUGUUCAUGGUGGCCAACUGUCAUUUUAAUGUUAUUUAUCCAGUUUUGCUAAAUAAUAUUUUUGCAGUUUGAAUCCUUUAAUAAAUGGCAAGC